AACUGAUUAAAGAAAACUUGCUAAUUUAUUACGAGUUAAAAUAUGGAAAAAAGAAAGAGUCUGCUGCUAUUAGUGCUGGUACUUUUCUCUGCACUAGUGGCCUCUGUUGGCGGGCAUUGGAGAGAAAGAGAUGAGGAAGAAAGUGAGCAAAGAACUCAAGGAGAAAAAUGGUUUUUGCUGCGUCACUUACAUGAUGUAGUGAAAACUGAUGCUGGGGUCAUGAAAUUGGUGAAUGGUGGAUAUCGUAGAGGAACAUCUUUCCACAGUCCAAUGCAUAUUGGUUUCAUCUCUAUGGAACCCAAUAGCCUCUUCAUCCCUCAGUACCUUGAUUCUAAUCUUCUCCUCUUUGUUCACCAUGGGGAAGCAAGAGUUGGACACAUCUACGGGGAUGAAUUAGCAGAAAGGGGUUUGAAGCCCGGAGAUGUGUACACAAUUCCUGCUGGAUCAGCUUUCUAUUUGGAGAAUAGAGUUGAAAACCAGAGACUUCACAUUAUUUGCAGUAUUGAUGUUACCUCUGAAUCCAUGGGAUGGCAUGCUUUUCAGUCUUUCUUCAUUGGUGGUGGAAAUUAUCCUACAUCCAUUCUUGAUGGAUUCGACCAUACUACAUUAUCAACUGCUCUUAAUGUAUCGAUAGCAGAAUUAAGCACGUUCUUGGCAAGGCAAUCUUCCGGACCGAUCGUGCAUUUAUCUCGUUCUCAUCACACACACACUUGGUCCAAAUUCUUGGCCCAAGAACCCCACAAGAGACUAGCUCACUUGAAGAGGAUUGUGAAUUUUGAGGAAGAAACUACCCCAAAGGAAGAGGAAUACACAUGGUCAUUGAGAAAAUUUCUAUUUACUUUGUUAAACAGGGAAGAUGUUGUCGAGAGAGUGAAUCAUAAAGCUCCAUCAGCGUAUAAUCUCUACAACAGGAAAGCCGAUUUCAAGAACGACUAUGGAUGGAGCAAGAAGUUGGAUGAGUCUAAUUAUUCCCCUCUAAAGAUAUCUGGAAAUGGCGUUUAUCUUGUCAAUUUAUCUCCGGGAUCCAUGAUGGCACCUCAUGUUAAUCCAACGGCAAUAGAGUAUGGAAUAGUGUUGAAAGGGACAGGCAGAGUCCAAAUUGUGUAUCCAAAUGGGACUUUAGCCAUGAACGCUAAAGUACGAGAAGGGGACGUUUUUUGGGUGCCGAGGUACUUCCCCUUCUGCCAAAUUGCUUCAACAAAUGGCCCGUUUGAGUUCUUUGGUUUCACGACAUCAGCAAGGAGAAACCAUCAGUAGUUCUUGGUGGGUAAGAACUCAUUGAUGCAGAGCUUGAGAGGGCCAGAAUUUGCAGCUGCAUUUGGUAUAAGUGAGAAGAGGCUUAAGAGGAUUGCCAAUGCUCAAAGUGAACAAGUCAUCUUGCCAUCAUCGUCACCGGCUUCUCUGCAUGACAAGGCAACAGAGCCAGAGAGGAAGAAGAUGGUCAAGUUUGAAAGGAUGAUAGGGAGCUUUAGCAACAACAUGAUCAUGGGUUUUGAUUAGUUUAGUUUAGUUGAAAUGCUAUCUAGUUGGGCUAGUCAAGUUUUGGCAUGAAAGUUAGGAGGCAAUCUUAGAACUAUUUUGUUCUUUUUUGGUCUGUUUUUUCUUUCUUUUUGGAUUUUGUUUUCUUGGUCCUCUUGGACACAAGAGGCCAUGUCCUCUUUGAGUUUUGAAUAAGACGGAUUUGUUUUCGCACGUUC